CAAACUUGCCAUCAUGCACGUGCUACAUCGAAUAACAAAAUACUGUUUCUCUCUGUUUCUGUUUACAAACUUGUGGUCAUUAUAAAUUACAACUUGUAAUUAAGCAAACAUUUAACGAGGUGUCCCUACUUUUCUAAAAUAUGGUAAAAUCGAAAGGAAAAGGGACCGAAGCAUCGACCAAAAAAGUAGAGGACCCGAAUGUUCGAGGACCCCCAAAAUCAGGUCGGUUUUGGAAAUCUCAGAAAGAAAGGACGACGACGAUGGUGAAAUCGCGGAAAAAGGUGGGGGCGGUGAAGUUGGAAGCGUUGCGGGCGGAGAAGGAUCGCGUGAAGCAACUCUCGACCGCCAUCAAGGAUGCGCGCAAGACGGAAGCGCAGGAGAAAAGGCGUCGCGAGGAGGAGAACAAGAAGAAAAAGGAAGAAAAUGCAAAAAAGUCCGAAAUCGUUCAAGUGAUUAAGAACACUGCAAAACUUAAGAGGAUGAAGAAGAAGGCACUCCGCAAAGUGGAGAAGAGGGACACCACCGUUGUCGUGAAGAAUAAAAAAGCUCCUGCGGUAGUUUCUUCGACAGAGAUGGACACUUUAUAGAAUUGAAUAGCUUUGUUUAUUAUACAAUUUUAUUGACGGUUUAGAGUUUUUGACAGAUGACUUAAAUUAUUUAAUGCAAUUGUCUAUAAUAUAUACCUAAGAAAUUUCAAGAUUAUAGUUUUAAUAUGAUUUGAAAGAGA